GUGCUUCACCAGAAAGGGGCGCAGCCGCCACGUUUGUUAUCCUCAACCUGAAUGGGGCCAGGCACAACCAGAAUGCGCAGCCGCCACGUUUGCUUAGCCUCAGCCUGAAUAGGGGCCAGGCGCUUAUCCUCAACCAGAAUGAGGUGCAGCCACCACGUUUGCUUAUCCUCAACCUGAAUGGGGGCCAGGUGCUUAUCCUCAACCUGAAUGGGGUGCAGCCGCCACGUUUUGCUCUCCUCAACCUGAAUGGGGGCCAGGUCCUUAUCCUCAACCUGAAUGGGGUGCAGCCGCCACGUUGUCUUAUCCUCAACCUGAAUGGGGGCCAGGUCUUUAUCCUCAACCUGAAUGGGGGCCAGGUCCUUAUCCUCAACCUGAAUGGGGUGCAGCCGCCACGUUUGCUUAUCCUCAACCUGAAUGGGGGCCAGGUCUUUAUCCUCAACCUGAAUCCGCCACGUUGUCUUAUCCUCAACCUGAAUGGGGGCCAGGUCUUUAUCCUCAACCUGAAGGGGGGCCAGGUCCUUAUCCUCAACCUGAAUGGGGUGCAGCCGCCACGUUUGCUUAUCCUCAACCUGAAUGGGGGCCAGGUGCUUAUCCUCAACCUGAAUGGGGUGCAGCCGCCACGUUUGCUUAUCCUCAACCUGAAUGGCGGCCAGGUGCUUAUCCUCAACCUGAAUGGGGUGCAGCCGCCACGUUUGCUUAUCCUCAACCUGAAUGGCGGCCAGGUGCUUAUCCUCAACCUGAAUGGGGUGCAGCCGCCACGUUUGCUUAUCCUCAACCUGAAUGACGGCCAGGUCCUUAUCCUCAACCUGAAUGGGGCGCAGCCGCCACGUUUGCUUAUCCUCAACCUGAAUGGGGGCCAGGUCUUUAUCCUCAACCUGAAUGGGGUGCAGCCGCACAACCAGAAUGCGCAGCCGCCACGUUUGCUUAGCCUCAGCCUGAAUAGGGGCCAGGCGCUUAUCCUCAACCAGAAUGAGGUGCAGCCACCACGUUUGCUUAUCCUCAACCUGAAUGGGGGCCGAUUGCUUAUCCUCAACCUGAAUGGGGCCCAGGCGCUUGUCCUCAACCUGAAUGGGGUGCAGCCGCCACGCUUGCUUAUCCUCAACCUGAAUGGGGCCCAGGUGCUUAUCCUCAACCUGAACGGGGUGCAGCCGCCACGCUUGCUUAUCCUCAACCUGAAUGGGGGCCAUGGGGGCCAGGUGUUUGUCCUCAACCUGAAUGGGGUGCAGCCGCCACGGCUUAUCCUCAACCUGAAUGGGGCCCAGGUGCUUAUCCUCAACCUGAACGAGGUGCAGCCGCCACGCUUGCUUAUCCUCAACCUGAAUGGGGGCCAUGGGGGCCACGUGCUUGUCCUCAACCUGCAUGGCAGUGCUUAUCCUCAACCUGAACGGGGUGAAGCGCCACGCUUGCUUAUCCUCAACCUGAAUGGGGGCCAUGGGGGCCAGGUGCUUAUCCUCAACCUGAACGGAGUGCAGCCGCCACGAUUGCUUAUCCUCAACCUGAAUGGGGGCCAGGAUCAAUGCCAACUUCUAGCUGAUCACUUGGGCUGGCGGCCGCAUGCAUCUUUGCCUGAGACAGCUGUAGUGCAUGCAUGCUGCCACAGACAGUUGCAGAUGCCAGCACAGCCCACAUCACCCACGCGAUACCUGUGUCAGAUGCGCCGCGAUGUCUGCCCAUUCUUGUUUGCUCUUGCUCUGGAUGUUGAUCAAGAAGCCCACUGGCCAACCACCAUGGGGCGUUGCGGUGCACCCAAUGCUAUGCCAAGAACACGUGAUCGGUGA